GUCCCAAAACUGCUGCGUCCACACUCUCAAGUUGGGACGACGGAACAGCGGAUCGCGUCUCCUCCUCCCCCGGAAAACUUAUUUUGCGAAUGCGCGCAGCAUGCAUCCGCCAGAGAUGGUGAUGGCAGGGCCGGCAGCCAGCUAGCCAGAGAGAGCAUCGGAAGUCUCGACGAUCCUUCUCUGCUCUUUUCACUCUCCCGACUGUCCGGUUUGAAGGAGCCUUGCAAGGUGAAGAAUGAUUCCAAACCUGAUGGAAGACUAUGUUUUACAUUUACAACCAGAUUUAUAAACACUGGAAAUGACGAUACCCUGUCACUCCUAAGCUACCUGACAUGUGGAAUCACUUCUGAUGUGGACCACCUUUCUGCAAAAAAUGAAAGAGAUGUUGAUUUUGUCCAUCAUGAUGGAGAGAUGUAUGAGAUUCUACCUAGCUCAGACGUAGAUUCCACACCUAAAGAGCAAACCGAUCACUGUCAUGUCAAGCAAGAUAUAACCAAGAAGAGAAAAGCUGUAUUCACAGCCGACAGAAACUUCUACUCUGCUAAUGACCUUUAUUGUGAAAGCAUCUUAUCAGUGAACGCCUUGAAUAACUUGGUGUCUCAGCAACAUCCACAGAUGGUAUGUUUGUGUUGUCAUUUGACUUCCAAAGUGCUCAGUGAUCCUUUUGUUAAUUCUUCAGGCUCUCAUUACGAUGAGAUGUCCAUAUUUUGGAAUGAGAAACACUUCUCAAAAGAUCCUACUCCCAGUCUAUCCGAUGAUAACUGGUUGACAACUUUCAGCAUCUGUGCACCUACUGGCCCUCAACUGGAUAAACAAAACAAACAGGAUGUUUUUGUUGAGGAGACAUUAAGCGGCAUCCAGAUGAGUUUGAGUGUCAUAGAAUAUUGUGAUCACCUUAAAUGUAUGUGUGAGAUGAUAAGUGAUCAACAAGGUGAUUGUGUGCAACUACUAGACAAGGCAAUUGUAGAGCAAGAGAUUAGUGGUAACUUAAACAAGCUUGCUGGAUCGUCACAACUACUGAGCAUUAAUGUAGAAGGGUUUGAAAGAACUGUAAUCAACGAGCCUUCCUUUAAGAACUUUAAUACUGAAGGGUUGACAGAAAGAAACUCUGAGACAGUUUGUGAUCAACUAGAAUUUCCAACUGAUGGACAACAAAUGUUGACUACGCUUGAACAAUGUGACUGCCAAAUGAACAAGUUCGAUCUAAGUACAACACAGCUUAUGAGCUGCAACCUUCAGACUACAGAGUCAUAUACCGAAGUACAAGCUUUAGAGACGGAGAAGCACUUCAUGCAAACCUUAGCUAUGAGUUUACAAGUUCCGAACCUCAAAGAAGAGAAGUCUGCUUGCAGUGCUGUGUUGCUAGCUGUCUGCGGCCUGCACGCCACACAAUUACGACCCAAUGACUUGGACCUCACAUUACCCUGGGACCCAGUCAACAAAUCUGCUAAUAAUGCAGUAAAGACUGAUGAGGAUAUGUCAACAGAAUCUUUCUCCCAGUGUCAUGAUAAAAACGCUGAUCAUGAGUUGAGUACAUUCACAAGUGACAAGUUACAGAAAUUCACUCUGGGAAUUUCCUUCAAUGAUGAGAAUGUGACCAGUUGGUAUGAGGCAGCUUGUUCUUGCACAAGGUCUAAACCAUUGACUCCUGUAGUAGUCAAUAAACCAAAGCAGAACACUACAAAGGUGCCGACUGCAAAGGUCAAGACUGAACAGGCAGGUCAUCAACACACAGCAAGUUUAGUUGAUAACUUUUUUCUCUUGAGAAUGGGACAUGUGAAGACAGAAACAAUGAAACCAGAGAAAAAUGACAAGCAUCCUUCUACUAGCGUGCCAUAUGCAGAUUGUGAUAUAAGAGGACAUACUCUGAAGUUAAUUGGUUCUGAAAGAAUUACACAAGAAUCAAAUUUACUACUACUGCUUAAGUCAAGGCAUAACAUUGAAAUCUUGGAGUGUAACUACAAAGAGUUAUACAAAGACAGUGUGUUCCUUGGUCUUGGAGAUGAGCUAUGCUAUGCAGAUGUAUGCGUUGAUGAGAUGACUGGAAUUGUACUGGAGGAUUUCUCCAAUGUACGAGGUUCUAUUUCACUGGAAGCAUUAACCAGGAGACUAGCUAAACUCUCCUUACAAUACUGCUGCUGUUGGCUGAUCCUACUGUGUUAUCCACUCACUAAUAAUAUGGCGUAUCAUGAUGACCACGAUGACCAAACUGACAGGAAUAUGGCUCUCCUACAUGAAGCAGUCAGACAAAUCUCAACAACUGCAAACCAAUUUGAGAUUAAAAUUCAUUAUUCAGAUAGUGACAUUUCGACAGCUGAUUUGGUGCAUAGUAUCGCAUUAAAAGCUUGCCAUAAUACAACAUGGGAUGACAAAGACUUGUUGCAGAGGUCAUGGCUUAAGCUUCAGCUUACUCAGGAUGAGAAAUUGUUAAUACGGAUUCCUUGUAUUACCCCCUUCACUGCUCAACUGAUGUCCAGCACCAACUCACCCUCAAGCUGUUUGCUAGCCAUGUCACUGUCGUCACUUAUUCAGCUAUGCCCGUGGAUCCCACACAAGAUUCUAGAACUUUUUGUUGAGCUUUCACGUGAUGUUCCAUCAAUCUCUGCUGGACAUAUAGACUCUUAUAAUGAAGCAGCAUUCUAUGAUGAGGCAAGAAAUAAAGAUGCAGUAGAGUCGAUAGAAUGGGAUCACAAUGCUGCAUCUUGGAAGAGUACAAUAGCUGACCAGCAGGAGAUACCAUUUUAUUACACCUCAGAGGAAAAAAGCAAUCUCCAUGCUCAUCAGGCCGAUGCUAGCAGCAGCCACCUCGAAGGCAACAAGAUUGUCAUGAGUGAAGAGAAUGAAAGCAGGAAUCCAUUGUGUCACUGGAAUCAAGCUGAACAGACUGAUGAUAAUGGUUGGAAGCUUGCUGGUCACAGUCCUUUCAAUCCAUACGCUAACUCUAAAUGUAAUGAUGAGUUAGCUAAACACAAAAGAGAUGAACAGAUCAUGUUCAGACUUGACGACAAACAUCCAACAAAAUACCAUUCUACAUCUAGCAAGAAUUAUGUCGCAUUGUCCAAGAGAGAUGAAGUAAAUAGAAUCUCAAAGACCAGACACAUUGCCACAAUGUCCCAAAUAACUUCAGAUAAUAUCUCUGAUGACAACUCAUUGCGUUAUAAUGACUGGAGACAUCAAGGGGAGAAAUACUUUGACAACAUGAAGAGAAUGCAUCAACAUUCUAAGAGUGCUCUGAAAGACACAAAUUUGGAGUUUGGCGUGGCACCCGAUAAUCAACUUGAAUCAUUGAAGAGACAAAGGUUGACCUAUGAAAGAAUACCUGGAGCUCGAGAUGGUCAAACAAGACUCACUUUCCUUUAGCAAUGUUGGUUUGCUCUCAUAGUUCUAGUCGUUGUUAGUGCGUUGAAUUGUUGACCUCGUGAGGGCGCUCUCAAUAGUGUCUUAUACUAGACUGGGCCCCUGUCUUUAUCCGCAAGGAUAA